UGCAAUGAAGGACAGUGGUAGAGGUCAUUCUGUUAGUGGGGGUCGUUCUGUUUCCAAUGUGGCAUCAUCUGGACUUAGUGAGGGCCAGCAUGAUGACAGGAACAUUGGUGCGGAUCCUCUAAUGAUGCAUGUCAAGGAGGAGCCGAUGUCGGACUACGAUGAUGAGGACGAUGCUAGCUUCAGUGAGGAUACAAGUGAAUCACAAGGCUACAGUGGUACCACAGACUUUGUGCGACAGGCACCCUACGACACGCGACCAUUUCCUGAUGAAGAAGCUGUUAGCAGAGGCAAUAAAAUGGUUGUUGCUCUUCCACCUCCCCCAUCAUUACAGAAACGCCCAUCACUUAAACGAAAGUCAUUCCAUCCCAGUGCUCAGCGCACAUCACAGACUUCUGAAACAGACUCAGUUGGGGUUAAUGAGGAUGUGAACUCGGGUGAUAUAGGGGCUUCAGGUGAAGGAGGUGUAGAUGCAACUAAAGUGCUCAAAAACAUUGUAAAAUCUAUUCCUGAGAUGGCGAUGAAUCUGGGAACUUCAUCAGAAAUUGGAGACGAUAACAAGCCAAGCUUUGGGGAUGAGGAUUGGGCAAUGUACAUGGUGCGACCUCAAGCCCAGAAGAAGAAAACUCGCAUGGAGCUCCCAUUGGAAAAGAAAAUUGAGCUGAUCCGGGAAUACAAAAAAUCUCCUAAACCUCGUCAGAAAGCCUUCGCCAUGAAGUAUGGACUUGGGCGUUCCACAGUGUCAGAUAUCCUUAAGAAAUCAGAUUUCUACAUGAAGCAAUAUGAGGAAAAUGCAGAUUUGAAUAAACGUCGUUUCCACAACUCAUGUAAGUUUGAGCAGCUAAAUCGCUUCAUGUGGAGCUGGUAUCUUGAGGCUCGGGCCAGGGGCAUCCCUGUGUCAGGUACACUCAUUCAGGAACGCUCUUUAAAGUAUGCACAUGAACUCAGAAUGCCAGACUUCAAGGCAUCUAAUGGUUGGCUGCAGAGCUGGAAGUCACGCUACUCUAUCAAAUCCUUCAAAGUGUCCAGCAAUGAUACGUUCAGAUCGAGGGUCGACUAUGUACCAAACAACCCACAAGAUGACAGUGCGAGGAUAGAGGUAGUGCCACAUGUAUUGGACAUGCCUGCUACAGGUGUGGCCCCUCCGAUGCCUCCAGGUUUAACAUCGGGAAUGAGUCCUGGAGCACAGGACUGUAGUAAGAUUGGCCUUAUGCCAUCCAAUCUUCUGUACAGUGAGCCACCGGUAUUCCCGGACAGAGACAUUGCGGAGAACAAAACAGCGUACAGUGGUCAGGAAGACACGUUACCAGAGAAACCAGAAAUAGACACUGUUAGUGAAGAGGAAGAGGACACCAAUGAUGCAGAUACGGAGGAAAGUGAGCCAGGGAGUCCUAAUAACAAGACAAUUAAACAAGAUAUGACAAACAAAGAAUACAGUUUGUCAGAGAAGAAUACAGACCCACCCCAAACGGGUGAUUACCCUUCCCCAUCAUCAACUAGUUAUCUUGCACAACCGGUAUCCAGCGACUAUAUAACAGAGCCUGUGAAAAAUUACCACUCACAAUAUAAAGACUACCACCACUCAAGUUCAACACCAGACUAUCACAUCUCUCCAAGAGAGUUUGAUUUACAUGCUAAAGACUAUUUAGAUACCCAGAAUGAACAUUUUCAACCACCGAAUGCUGACUUCCAUAUGCAUACAACAUCUUUCGAUCCUCAGGGGAAAACAUACAACCUAGGUGCUCCUGGGGAUACCCAGUCACAUCACUUCAAAGUACAGGCCUCUAGCUUCGACGGUCAACAGCAACAACCAAGUUCCUCCGCGGUCUAUAGAACUCCUAACCCUGCUAACUAUCCCACCCCUUCUCAACAUUUCUCUCUACAGCCCACUGACUUUCAACCACAACCAAAGGAUCCCCUGUGAUAGAAAUAGUACCCAAAUCACUGAUUCAUUAUGAUAUAUGAUUAUGUGUAGAAUAUAUUACCAACCCAAGGAUCCCAUGUGAUAGAACUAGUACCCACACAAAUCAUUGAUUCAUUAUGAAAUGUGAUUAUGUGCAAAAUAUUAGCAUAUAUACGCGUGCACAAAAUGAAUUCUAUGUACAAUGUUUGUAUUAUCAACUCGAGGACACCAUAAUAAUUGAAAUAUUUCACAUUUAGGGACCUACUUUGUAAUAUGAUAAACUAGAAAUAUCACCAACCUGUUUAUAUGAAUGCCAAGAUGUCAAGGUCACCAUUACUAUUAAUAGAAGCUCUAUCGACCAAGGAUUCUGAUAAAACUUCAUAGAUUGGUCAGUUAUCAAACGGGAUAUAUAAAUACCACUUUCGCGUUACCUCCCUUGAUUCUAGUUGUCAAGCAGGGGACAUUGUGUACCGUAACUACUCUUUUAUCUCCCAUGAUACUGGUUGUCGGGCAAUGGACAUUAUUACCACAAAUAUGUUACAUCUUAUGAUUCUGGUUGUCAAGCAAAGAAUUUUUUGUCCCUAUUGUGUUAUCUCCCUUGAUUCUGGUUGUCGGACACAGCUGCCACUACUUUGUUAUCUCCCUUGAUUCUGGUUGUCAAACUGGCACUACUUUGUGUUAUCUCCCUUGAUUCUGUUUGUCAGACUGGCACUACUUUGUAAUUAUCUCCCUGUGAUGUAUAUUUCAUUAUGCAAAACAUGCUUAGCCUAGUAAUUUUCUUGGAAUUUAACUGUAUAUGUUUUCUAAAAAGAAUUUCACAUUAGAUUCAUUUCACAUUAGAUUCAUUUUCAUCUGAAAGCAAUUUGCGACUUAAAAAUUGUUAAUAUUAAAAUAAAUACUACUUCCAUAUAAAGCCAUAUAGCUCUGGUGGAAUAAAAAAGAGUGAACUACAGAAUCAUUUAUAUAUCUUUGUGAUAAACAAAAUACUUUUUAUUCUGUAUAUAUGAUUUAUAUAUAUGUAUAUCACAUGGCUGACCACAUGUGAUGCCCCCCUCCCCGGGACAGCUGAACAGUGGUCAGAAAACUUCAUUUUCAUUAACAUUUGCAUAAUAAGGCUUUUAUUAAUGUGAUACAAUUGAUCUUAAAAUUUGUUUCUAUUUCAUACAAGGUAAAUGAAUCAUAUCCCGAAGUUUACAUUUUAGCUUGGCAGUGGCUAAUGUGAAAUCUUCAAGACUUGUUUCUCAAAUUUUAUUUCAAAUUAAACAAAUGAUGAAUUCUAUUCUAUGUACAUAUUUCUGAAAUAUAAGUAAUUUUAUAACAUUCAUUGAAUAAAUGUCAGUGUGAAAAUGAUUUAUUCAAUUGAUAUUAAUGCUAUUCAGUGAAAUUACAUACUGUGUAUACAAGUAUCGGUGUAUUAGGGGAAGGUAUCUGAUAUUUUCAUUAAUUAUAGGGUAAACCUGUUUCAAUUGAAUCCUAAAUAAUAAUGAAAUCAACAAAAGCAAGACAUUGGCUUUAGCUUGGUUGUAUUCUGAAAACCUGUCUAAACUAGACCUUCAGCUUGGCACAUUUGUGUACAUUUCUAUGUAAAAUAUCAAUUCUGAUUUUGGCAGCCUCCACUGUUUGGAUAUAUAUAUGCCUUUUAUUUAUGUUAUACUUGAAGUCACUGUUCAGGGUUGUUCGUAAAAAACUAGAGUCAAACUCAGGCUAAGAUUUGUUUGGUUGUUGGUAGCUGAUCAUGAAGAUCAGUUUAUACAAGUUUACUGAUUGUUGUAAAUCCAUAAAUAUCUUUGAUCGAUUAUAUUCUCUACCUUGUGUAUAAUAUAACCCAUUAGUUAUAUAAUAAACCUUGUCACUGGGUUGCUGAAGUUAUAAGGGGAGAUUACUCUGAGUCUCUAUUGUGUGCUCUGGGCAGUACCUGUCUAGCAGGCCUAGUACACUACAACAGUGGUGUUUAUGAUGCUGUUUCAGUGUUAGGCCUAGUACACUAUAACAGUGGUGUUAAUAAUGCUGUUUCAGUGUAAGGCCUAGUACACUAUAACAGUGGUGUUUAUAAUGCUGUUUCAGUGUUAGGCCUAGUACACUAUAACAGUGGUGUUUAUAAUGCUGUUUCAGUGUUAGGCCUAGUACACUAUAACAGUGGUGUUUAUAAUGCUGUUUCAGUGUUAGGCCUAGUACACUAUAACAGUGGUGUUUAUAAUGCUGUUUCAGUGUUAGGCCUAGUACACUAUAACAGUGGUGUUUAUAAUGCUGUUUCAGUGUUAGGCCUAGUACACUAUAACAGUGGUGUUUAUAAUGCUGUUUCAGUGUUAGGCCUAGUACACUAUAACAGUGGUGUUUAUAAUGCUGUUUCAGUGUUAGGCCUAGUACACUAUAACAGUGGUGUUUAUAAUGCUGUUUCAGUGUUAGGCCUAGUACACUAUAACAGUGGUGUUUAUAAUGCUGUUUCAGUGUUAGGCCUAGUACACUAUAACAGUGGUGUUUAUAAUGCUGUUUCAGUGUUAGGCCUAGUACACUAUAACAGUGGUGUUUAUAAUGCUGUUUCAGUGUUAGGCCUAGUACACUAUAACAGUGGUGUUUAUAAUGCUGUUUCAGUGUUAGGCCUAGUACACUAUAACAGUGGUGUUUAUAAUGCUGUUUCAGUGUUAGGCCUAGUACACUAUAACAGUGGUGUUUAUAAUGCUGUUUCAGUGUUAGGCCUAGUACACUAUAACAGUGGUGUUUAUAAUGCUGUUUCAGUGUUAGGCCUAGUACACUAUAACAGUGGUGUUUAUAAUGCUGUUUCAGUGUUAGGCCUAGUACACUAUAACAGUGGUGUUUAUAAUGCUGUUUCAGUGUUAGGCCUAGUACACUAUAACAGUGGUGUUUAUAAUGCUGUUUCAGUGUUAGGCCUAGUACACUAUAACAGUGGUGUUUAUAAUGCUGUUUCAGUGUUAGGCCUAGUACACUAUAACAGUGGUGUUUAUAAUGCUGUUUCAGUGUUAGGCCUAGUACACUAUAACAGUGGUGUUUAUAAUGCUGUUUCAGUGUUAGGCCUAGUACACUAUAACAGUGGUGUUUAUAAUGCUGUUUCAGUGUUAGGCCUAGUACACUAUAACAGUGGUGUUUAUAAUGCUGUUUCAGUGUUAGGCCUAGUACACUAUAACAGUGGUGUUUAUAAUGCUGUUUCAGUGUUAGGCCUAGUACACUAUAACAGUGGUGUUUAUAAUGCUGUUUCAGUGUUAGGCCUAGUACACUAUAACAGUGGUGUUUAUAAUGCUGUUUCAGUGUUAGGCCUAGUACACUAUAACAGUGGUGUUUAUAAUGCUGUUUCAGUGUUAGGCCUAGUACACUAUAACAGUGGUGUUUAUGAUGCUGUUUCAGUGUUAGGCCUAGUACACUAUAACAGUGGUGUUUAUAAUGCUGUUUCAGUGUAAGGCCUAGUACACUAUAACAGUGGUGUUUAUAAUGCUGUUUCAGUGUUAGUCAUGUAUUAGGUCUCUAGACCAGUACGUGUUGUUUUUGUCUGUAUAACCUGCUAUUGUAAUGUUUACUUUCACGGUAUAUUCCUAGUACAUAAAGAUGUAUCAGAGUGUAUUAAAGCUUCUUAGUUUGUGAAAG